GAAGAUGUACGAGGGCUAGGUCUGUCAGUCAGCGCAAAGGACGACGUAGAAAGUAGUGCAGGAAAAAACUUUUGAAGCUUGGAAAUUCAUGAAUGACGAAGAAAGCCUGAGCUGUCGAUCGCAUCGAUUGCCGCUCGAUUCGUUUAUGCGAUGAGUGUCAGCUGAAUUUUGAACCAGAAUGAGUCGAAUCCCUCUUUUCCUCCAAGGUGGUGGAUUCAUCGAGUGUGAUCUUCUGCGGAGGACCUGGCUGGAUUGAGCUCAUUGCGGUUCUGGACUGCUGUCGAGAUGGGGAAGCUGAUGGUCUGGGUAGGAGUGGCCGUAGCAGUUACAGUUCGAUUUGUUUUUGCUGCGAUGGGGGCACAAGAGCGACUCGGACGUCGAGUGGAAAUUGUGACGCCUGUCACCAGCCUUAAGCGCUUGGCUGAAGGGCAGUGGUUCAAGCAGCUGGGUUUGUCGCCGUAUGCAGGUUCAGCUUAUCAUGGCUCACCCCUUCUCCUGGCACUACUAGGACCAAUGACAACCGUAGGAACAGGUGGACAGACUUCUUCGAGGUUUCAUAGCAGUCUCAUUGUCUUUGUGAUUGCAGACCUUUUAGGCGCUUUGCUUUUACUCAAGAUGGGUAAUCUGGUCGAAUCGGCCAACGUGUACUAUCUGGGCAAACUUCUGCCAGACUCAAAGAAGUCUAAGCCGUCCGUCAAGACGCAAGUGAACGAUAUAAGAGGUCAUGGUAAGUUAGGAUUGGGUGAAGUGGCUGCUCUUCUGUACCUGGUGAAUCCUUUCACAGUUGCCGUUUGUGUUGGUGGGACCACCUCUCCAGUUGAAAAUGUCCUGGUGCUCUUAGCUCUUUAUGGAGCCCUGAAAGGUAACUCGCCACUAGCAGCUUUCGGGUGGGCAAUGUCAACUCACUUGUCCAUGUACCCUGCUGUUCUUCUGAUCCCUAUAAGUAUCCUGAUGGUUGCUGGUCCAGACAAGCCUCAAAGGAAGCUUUUUGACCACGUAAACAAAAUUAAGACAUCCAACCCGAAACUUAAGGAGAAGAAAAUGGUUGGAACCACUUCUACAGUCCAGUUACAAUGGGCGAGAUAUCGGGAUUUUCUGUUAUUUUCAGCACUAUGGUGGAUUGCCAUUCUUGGAUUGUCCGCUGCGGCUCUUGGUGGAUACGAACACCUAAAGGAGAUGCUUAUUGAGACUUACGGUUUUAUUCUUCAUGUUGAAGAUCUCUCGCCAAAUUUGGGACUUUUUUGGUAUUUCUUUACGGAGGUUUUUACCCACUUUCGGGAUUUCUUCAUCAUGGUUUUCCAUGCGAACAUCCUCUUUGUUUUAGUCCCGCUAACUAUACGGCUGCACCAUCGACCUCUGUUUCUGGCAUACGUCAUGGUUGCAAUAACCACAAUGCUUAAGUCAUACCCAUCGAUUGGUGAUGCUGCAAUUUCUCUGGGCCUGUUAGGUCUUUGUACACCCGAGCUGGCCGAUUUCAGGUUUUCGUUCUUUGUACUUAAUGGCUACCUUGUAGUCGCGAUCCUCAGCCCAUCGAUGUACAAUUUGUGGAUAUGGCGGGGCACCGGCAAUGCAAAUUUCUACUUUGCAAUGUCUCUAGUUUACGCAUGCGUUCAGAGCAUUUUGAUCGUCGAGAGUGUGGGUACAGUAAUUCGCUACGACCGAAAUUUGGAUAGACUGUCCAAGCUGCCGGUCCAGGUGGACAGCGGUGCGCAGCCCAAGGAGGAUUGAGUAGUUUCACUGGAAAAUCGAUCUGUGGAUAGCCCACAAAAGCGAUAGGUGUUUGUAGCAAAUAGAUGUUUGUAGGUAGCUCGGAAGUAGAUAUGCUCCAAAGAGUAGAUAAAGUCCAGUGAGAUUAACGAACAUGGAUGAUUGUCACAUUCCCAUACCCUUGCAGAAAUGUGCCUUGAAGACGAAGCGAAGUGAGGAUUAAGGAAUAGAAGUGAACACUUUUGACAUGUGCAGUGAUGAAGGAUGCAAGCUUUCGAGGGUUUCAAGAUUUUUGCACUCUGGCAAGAUUCGACUGUCUUUCUAGCCUGUGCACAAGGUGGUCUUAAAUGAAGGGUUUGAUGUUCUUCUUCUCUAAAUGCGCCGCUGUUUGUACCUCCACCGAAGUGGAAGCGUUAUUUGUUGUUGGGAUUAGGGAUAAACGCCUAUCAAACAUCUAUCCUGUAACAACCACUAAAAAUCACCAAAGUGUGACAACUUAGACUUUCAAUUUUU